UCAAACCCUAUUUUUGCUACGUAGCUUAUCCUUGCACCACUCUUCUCUGUUCUUUCUUCCACAAGUUUUAGGUACCGCAAAACCACCGGAAAACAACAACGAUGACGCCGGCUCCUGUCGUCGAGGAAGUCCUCGAGGCUGAGAAGAAGCUGCAGGAUGAUGCGCCACUGGUGGAAGAUGUUAAGGAGGAAGAAGAACACGACGACGAUGACCUCGAUGAUUCCGACGAUGAUGAGGAUGACAAGGAGGAUGGAGCCCAAGCUGGUAAUGAAAGUUCAAAGCAAAGCAGGAGUGAGAAGAAGAGUCGUAAAGCCAUGUUGAAACUUGGCAUGAAGCCUGUUCCAGGUGUCAGCCGAGUUACUAUUAAGAGAACAAAGAAUAUACUAUUCUUCAUCUCAAAGCCUGAUGUCUUCAAGAGCCCAAACUCAGAGACUUAUGUAAUUUUUGGGGAGGCCAAGAUAGAAGAUUUGAGUUCUCAGCUCCAGACACAGGCUGCCCAGCAGUUCAGGAUGCCAGAUGUGGGUUCCGUCAUUCCUAAGCCAGACGCCUCCACCACCACUCCUGCUGUUGUGCAGGCAGACGAGGAAGAAGAGGAGGUUGACGAGACUGGAGUGGAACCUCGCGACAUUGAUUUGGUCAUGACACAAGCAGGUGUUUCCAGGUCCAAGGCUGUUAAGGCUCUCAAGACCAACAAUGGAGACAUUGUCAGUGCCAUUAUGGAGCUCACCACUUAAAAUUUUUUGGGUUACAGUAUCCUCCCCAUUGAAUUUUGUAUUGACAUUAACUUUUCAUUAUAAUUUUCUCAACUGGCUACUUGUGCUUCUUGAACUCAAAUCAUUUUUAUGCAGAAAGCUUGUCUUAUUUUGCUU